AUGGCCCCCAGUGACCCGGAACAGGCGCCGUCGUCGGCGCGCGCCUCGGAUGAAAAGGGACGAAUGUCGGUGGUGGAGCAGCUCGACGAAAAGGCCGCAACCACCGUUGAUAUCUACAAUCCCAACUGCGAUGUCAGCGGCGUGGACGAGCGUAAGCUGCUCAGGAAGAUGGACUUGCACCUCAUCCCAUGGCUCUCCAUCCUUUACCUGCUGAGCUUCCUUGAUCGGUCGAGUAUCGGGAAUGCGAAACUGUAUGGCAUGGUCACCGAUUUGCACAUAUCUGACCAGCAGUACUUGAUGGCUCUUACCAUAUUCUUCUUCCCGUAUGCGAUCUUCGAGGUCCCAUCGAACGUUAUCUUGAAGCGCCUACGACCGUCAAUAUGGCUUUCUCUCCUCAUGGUAUUAUGGGGUGUCAUCAUGAUGUGUCAAGGUCUCAUCUCCAAUGAUGGUGGUCUUCUGGGCAUGCGAUGGCUGCUAGGAACGUUCGAGGCAGGCCUCUUUCCCGGCGUGAACUACUAUCUGUCUUGUUGGUAUAAACGAUCCGAAUUCGGUGUGCGUGCCGCGAUCUUUUUCUCAGCUGCGACGGUCUCCGGUGCUUUUGGUGGGCUUCUCGCGGCAGCUAUCUCGAAUAUGGACGGCCUCGGGGGCAAGGGGGGAUGGGCAUGGAUCUUUAUUCUGGAGGGGCUCGUGACGAUAGUCGCGGGCGCGAUGUCAUUCUGGAUUAUCCAGGACUUCCCCGACACCGCCAAGUUCUUAACCGAGGCUGAGCGCACGGUGGUGAUCCGGCGACUGCAAGAGGAUGACCAGUUCAGCGCGGCGGGCGAGACGCUGAAGAAGCGGUACCUCUUGAAGAGCCUGACGGAUUGGAAGACAUGGCUUUGCAUGCUGGUAUAUAUGGGUACCGACGGUCCGCUUUAUGCGUUCUCACUAUUCCUGCCUAGUAUUAUCAAGGAGUUGGGAUAUAAGGCAACGCCUGCGAACCUGCUGACGGUUCCGGUGUACGUGGUCGCAUGCAUGUUCACCUGCUUAGUCGGUUUCGUCGCCGACAGGUACGGCAGGCGCGGGUAUCUGAACAUUGCAUGCCUGUGCGUGGGAGGGGCGGGGUACAUCAUCCUGAUCGCGUCGCGGAGUCCGGGGCUGUCAUAUUUCGGCGUAUACAUGGCGGCGAGUGGGAUCUACCCAAGCAUCCCGAACCUCGUCGCGUGGGUGUCGAACAACGUCGAGGGGUCGUAUAAGCGGAGCGUAUCGCUGGCGAUGGUGAUCGGCUUCGGGAACCUCAACGGCGCGGUAUCGUCCAACGUGUACCGCGCGCGCGACGCGCCCUGGUACAGGCUGGGGCAUGGGAUUGUGCUGAUGUACGUCGGGAUUGGGCUCAUCACGUCUGUGAUGUACCUGGUUGCGCUGAAGCGCGAGAACGCGCGGCGGGAACGCGGCGAGCGCGAUGAGAUCAUCAAGGGAGUUAACGAGGACCGCACGGAACUCGCGAAGAAUGGCACGUUCGUAGACGUCGCGGAGGCGAAGCGCGAGAAGGGUGACCAGUGGAGCGGGUACCGAUACACGCUUUGA